GUGAAAAAAACACGGAGAUCCACUGCGAUAAGUUCAUCAGAUAGUGAAGCUGAAAAAGAAAAAAGUGCAUCAGAACCUGAAGAAGGUGAAGUUUCAGAUUCUGGUAGUGGUUCAGCAUCUGGAGAUGAAUCUGGUUCGGAUGAUGAGAAAUUUGUUGAUGGCUAUGAUGAAAACUUGAUAGGAGAUGAAGAAGAUAAAAAAAUGUUGGAACAAAUGACUGAAAAGGAAAGAGAACAGGAACUGUUUAAUCGAAUGGAAAGAAGAGCUGUGUUGAAAACUCGCUUUGAAAUCGAAAAGAAACUGAAAAAAGCCAAGAAAAAGGAGAAAAACAAGAAAUCAAAGAGUUCAGGUUCUAGUGAUUCACCAUAUCAAUUAAAAUCAGUCAGUGAUCGAAGUAAGGAAAGACGGAAGGAUAUAGAAAGUAAAAAAGACAGUAAGAAAACCUCAGCUUUGGAAUUGCUCAGAUUGCAAAGAGAAGAAAAGAAAAAUAAGGAAGAAAAAGUAAAAGAAAAACAAAAGAAAACAUUGAAAAUCAGUGAGAUUUAUAGUGAUGAUGAUGAUGAAGAUGAUGAUGAUGAUAAUGAUGACUCUGAUUCAGAUGCUAGUGAGAGAUCUUCAGACUAUUCAGAUGAUGAUUACAAACCUAAAAAAGUUGUACCAGUAUCUAAAAAGGAGGAAAUCUGUAAAAUCAGACUUUCAAGACAUAAAAUGGAAAAAUGGUGUCACAUGCCGUACUUUAAAAAGACUGUGGUCGGUGCUUUUGUUAGGAUUGGUAUUGGAAAUCAUGAUGGAAGAGCCAUUUACAGGGUUGCUGAGAUCAUUGAUGUAGUUGAAACAGCUAAGAUUUAUCAAUUAGGAACCACCAGAACAAAUAAAGGAUUGAAACUCAGACAUGGAGCCGCUGAAAGAGUUUAUCGAUUAGAAUUUGUCUCCAAUCAGGAUUUUACAGAUACUGAAUUUGAUAAAUGGAAAGAAGCUGUAAUGCUAAAUGGUUCUCAGUUACCUACAGUUGAUGAGAUUGAAAAGAAACUGCUAGAAAUAAAAAAUGUUGGAAGCUUCCAAUUCAAAGAUGAAGAUAUUAAAACUAUUGUGGCAGAGAAACAGCGGUUUCGUAAAAAUCCUCAUAAUUAUGCCCUCAAGAAGACUCAACUUAUGAAACAGAAAGAACAAGCUGAAAUUGCUGGGAACCAAGCAGCAGUGAAUUCAGCUAAACAGGAACUGGAAGAAUUGGAAGAUCGAGCUACCAAAUUAGAUCGUAAAAGAACAAGCACUAUUAAUUCUAUUAGUUUUAUCAAUCAAAGAAAUCGUCAAAAUAAUAUCAUAGCAGCUGAAAAAGCUUUCAAAGUAGAGGUAGCAGCUGCUAAAAUUGCUGCUGCUGAUCCUUUCACCAGAAGACAGUGUCGUCCUACUCUAGUAACUAAAGCCAGUGGUAAAUUUCCUGAAAUGGCCGUUCCAACGAAAGUUGGUAAUACAGCAGCAGAAAAAGCUGGUUCUUUGAUGCCAGCACCUGUUCUAGGAGAGUUAACUUCCUUAGAUGAUCUUGUGUCCGACAGAAGUCAGUCUACUUCCAAAUCCAGUGACAAGAAAGACAUUGAAGAUGUGUUUGCAGUACAUGACUUCGACAUUAAACUUGAUCUUGAUGUACCAGCAACCAACCCAACUAUGGUAAUGGCUAGUCGGGCACCUCAACCUGUUCGUGAUAUUACUCCUCGAAGAUCAUUGAAUCUUGAAGACUAUAAAAAGAGGAGAGGCUUAAUU